CUAUUUCUUUUCAGGUUUAACUUCCGGGGAUUCCGCUGGAUGAAAACCAUGAUACACACAAUCAAAGAGAUUAAUGAAAGAAAGGACAUUUUGCCCAAUUCUACUCUGGGUUAUCAGAUCUUUGACACCUGUUUCAGCAUCUCCAAAGCAACGGAAUCGGCAUUGGUACUACUCACAGGGCAGGAAGAAAACAGGCCCAAUUUUCUAAACAGUACUGGGGCAUACUUGGCAGGAAUUGUUGGAUCAGGUGGAUCGUCCCUAUCAGUUGCUGUUUCAAGAAUUCUGGGGUUGUAUUAUUUAUCUCAGGUGGGCUAUGCCUCUACCUGCACAGUUCUUAGUGACAAACGCCAGUUUCCAUCUUACAUUCGCACCAUAGCCAGUGAUAAGUUCCAGUCUGAGGCCAUGGUAAAACUUAUCCAGCACUUUGGCUGGGUCUGGAUAGGCACUAUAGCAGCUGAUGAUGAUUAUGGAAAAUAUGGAGUGAAGAUUUUUAAGGAGAAAUUGGAGAGUGUCAACCUCUGCAUCGCAUUCUCCGAGAUCCUGCCCAAAGUCUAUUCCAAGGAGAAAAUGCAAAAAGUUGUUGACGCUGUAAGGACCUCCACUGCGAAAGUCAUUGUGCUUUAUACAUCCGACAUUGACCUCAGUCCUUUUGUGCUGGAAAUGGUUUACCAUAACAUAACUGACAGGACAUGGAUAGCAAGUGAAGCGUGGAUUACCUCAGCCUCCAUUGCAAAACCCGAAUAUUUCCCAUAUUUUGGUGGGAGUAUUGGGUUUGCAGUACCAAGAAGUGAUAUACCAGGAUUAAAGGAAUUUCUUUAUGACAUACAUCCCAGUAGGGAUCCGAAUGACAUCCUGACCAUUGAAUUCUGGCAAACAGCUUUUAACUGCACCUGGCCCAAUAGCAGUGUCCCGUACAAUACUGACCACAGGGUGAACAUGACCGGUAAGGAAGACCGAUUACAUGCCAUGUCUGAUAGAUUCUGUACCGGAGAGGAGAAGUUGGAGGAUCUUAAAAAUACCUACCUGGAUGUGUCUCAGCUCCGAAUUACAAACAAUGUCAGACAAGCUGUGUACGCGAUGGCCUAUGCCAUGGAUCGUCUGAGCAGAUGUGAAGAGAAAGGGUGGCCAUUCUUUGGAAAAUACAAGUGUUCAAAUUUACCUAACUUUGAGCCUUGGCAGCUCAUGUUCUUUAUACAGAGAGUUAAGUUUACAACCCACGAUGGAAGGAAAAUUCAUGUUGAUAGAAAUGGAGACGUGACUGGAUACUAUGAUCUUCUAAAUUGGCAAUUAGAUGAUAAUGGAGAUAUUGCCUUCGUGAAGGUUGGAGAAUACAUAUUCACACAGUCUAAGUUUGAAUUCAUGAUCAGAAAGAAUUCAACAAUAUUUUGGAAUACCGAAUCCUCAAAGAUUCCCCAUUCAGUGUGUACCGAUCUAUGUCCUCCUGGGACCCGGAAGGGGAUACGUCACGGGGAACCAACUUGCUGCUUUGAGUGCAUUCCAUGUGCUGAUGGACAUGUGUCACGGAGAGCAGGCCAAAGGGAAUGUGAACAGUGUGGUGAAGACUACUGGUCCAAUGCAGAGAAGAGUGAGUGUGUGCUCAAAGAGGUGGAAUUCCUUGCUUAUGAUGAGGCCCUGGGCUUCACGCUGGUCAUUCUGUCCAUCUUUGGGGCCCUUGUAGUCCUGGCCGUCACGGUUGUAUAUGUGAUCUACAGACAUACUCCCCUGGUGAAUGCCAAUGGCCGCGAGCUGAGCUUUCUUAUUCAGGUUUCUCUGACCAUCACAGUGCUGUCAUCCCUGCUUUUUAUUGGCAAGCCAUACAACUGGUCCUGCAUGGCCUGUCAGGUCACUCUGGCACUGGGCUUUUCUCUUUGCCUAGCCUGUAUUCUCGGGAAGACCAUUUCACUAUUUUUAGCCUACAAAAUUUCCAAGUCCAAAACCCGACUUAUAUCCAUACGUCCCCUUUAUUGGAAAAUCAUCAUACUAAUCUCUGUUCUAGUUGAGGUUGGCAUAUGCACUGCUUACUUGGUGUUGGAACCCCCAAGGGUAUACAAGAACAUGGAAUCUCAAAAUAUAAAGAUCAUAUUUGAAUGCAAUGAGGGCUCUGUAGAAUUCUUGUGCUCAAUGUUUGGGGUUGAUGUCUUCCUGGCCUUGCUCUGCUUCCUUACGACCUUUGUGGCUCGCCAGUUGCCAGAUAAUUACUAUGAAGGAAAAUGCAUCACCUUUGGGAUGCUUGUGUUUUUCAUUGUCUGGAUCUCUUUUGUCCCUGCUUACUUGAGCACCAAAGGGAAGUUCAAAGUGGCUGUGGAAAUAUUUGCAAUCUUGGCAUCCAGCUACGGCUUGUUGGGCUGUCUAUUUGCUCCCAAGUGCUUCAUUAUUUUGCUGAGGCCAAAGAGAAACACUGAUGAAAUUGUUGGUGGAAGGGUCCCUGCCAUAGAUAAGAGUGUACAACUGACUUCAGCUUCUGUGAGCAGUGAGCUUAACAACACCACGGUGUCCGCUGUCGUGGCUGAUUAAAGUUGAAGGGCAUAUGGCCUUCAAGGCU